AGUUUUUAAAUCUGGAUAUUAGAAUAUUCAUAAUAGCUAGGUUUUUAAAAUUUUUUAAAACGAGUGGAAGCACAGCUGGCCUGUAACACAGACGUGUGGCAACUAGGUCGACUGAUUUAACACACGUUACACACGCAGCUUAUGCCUGAAUAAUGGAGUGUCGUUUAAUUAAAAAUUUUAUGGUUUGUCCCUAUGAUGAAAGUCAUGUUAUUUCUCCACUGCGAAUGCCUUAUCAUCUCAUGAAAUGCAGAAAAAAUUAUCCAGACAAGGAGAUGGCUGUUUGUCCUUUUAAUGCAAUUCAUGAGUUGCCAAAGUUGGAACUGAAAUAUCACAUGCUGCAGUGCCCUAACAAAGUAAUCCUUGAAAGAGAAGUCCGUUUCGAUAUUCUUAAACAAUUGGAUAAAGUCAAGGUCACUCAGAAAGGUUAUACUGGCAUCCCAAGUCAACGAAAGCCUAAAGUUGAUCCUAAUGCUGAAAGCUGGGACACAGAUUCCUAUGGCAGUGCACACACAGAAGAAGUACCUCGAGCGCGACCUCGAAACAGAGAACUGUUAACAGUGAGACAACCAUUUAGCUUACCUAAGAUCAGCAAGGUUCAGAUCGUCCCCAAACAAGACACUUGUGAUGCCACCAGUAAAAUGCCUGAUGAGAAUGUUGUACAAAAGGGAAAAAAAGAUGAACAAAAGGAGAUUUACAGUAAAGGCAGGGGCUUGUUAUCUCUGUACACAUAUUCAGGUCGGGCUUCUGGUGUUCCUUUAGUUGGACUUGGAAGAGGACUUGUAUCCCAUGUGAGAGAAACAUCCUAAGACGCUAAAUCUUAGAGAGCACCAGCGACUGGUCUUCAGCUAAUAAUCAAUGAUGAGUAACCUCAAAAGAAACACAUUAGUUUAUCAAAGUUGUGAGAAAUCAAAAAUUAUUUUUUGCUGUUUUCAAGCAGUUUGUUUUAUUAUUAUUGGCUGUAUCAUUAAGAUCAGCUGGACCACUCCUGCAGUAUAAUGGUCCAGAAACCACAGAGCUCUGCCAUUUUUUUUUUUAUAGCUGUAGUGCUCUGCUGAGACUGUUAGUUAAUUUAAUGGCAGUAAUCUGACACAAAGAUCACAAAGAAAGCAUUCCAUUGCAAGACCUUAAUUUGAGAAAUUUGAUUCUCAAGAAUUUUCAAAUAGUGAAUUGUGAUAUUUAAUAUGUGCAAUGUGCCUUAGCAGUAUUAGAUCUGAAACUAGCAUUUGCUUGUUUUUAGACCUGAUAACACUUAUAGGGGAUAUAACAUUAAAAAAAGAUUGUCUUUUUACAUUACUUUUUAAUACAAAUUGGUAUGUAAUUUUAGAAAACUUUUAACACUAACUAAAGCUAUCUUUAAAUAUUUCAAACAAAAUAUUCAUUGUGCUUUCUGAAUGGACAUUUUUAUUUCCUUUUUAAAAAUUUUAAUUGAUAUUUUUUUUAGUGUAAUAUUUCUUUUACGUGUAUAACUGUGUAUUAAAGUGUAGUGGUUAUUAUCAAUAGCGUUGCAUACUUGAAAUUUUCACUAUUAUUUAUUGACUACUAUAUGUCAAUUUUUAAUGUACAUCUAUAACUUUAUUUAUUUUUUUAUAUUUUGUUUCGUCAACAAGUGUUACACUAUAUUUGUUUGCAUUAUUGCAUUUACUAAGGUUAAGAUAAAGCUCAAUGAUAUUUUGUUAAUUGUGAUCAAGUAUAGUUCUUAAACACAUGUCCAUUUUGAUUCAAAAUUAAUCAGUAAUAUUGUCUGUUUAUUUUAAAUUCUUAUGAAGUUUGAUCAACAAAACUGUGUAGGCAAAGAAUUGUCCUUCUGUUAUCAAUCCAAAAUAAGUUUAUGGUCUCUUGCACACUCCCAACGGUAUGACUGUUGCCCCAGAUAUGACUAGUUGCCCCAAGUCAAUCUCAACUAUGUUAUUACUAUUGUGAACAUGCCGUGAUAGCAUGGUGGACAAGUAGUGUUGGUAGGCUGUUGCGCUGAGAAUUAAAUUGGGGGGGGGGGGUUGAACAGGGUUAGGGUGAACAGUGUGCUCCCUUCACUCAAUAUAAGCUUUGGUUUUUUUUUUUUUAAGUUUUUUUUUUAUUUUGCUUGUUUUUCUCUGAGGUUUUCUGUUUCAUGUUGAAUGAUUAUACUGUAUCAAAUAUGUAUGUAUGUAUGUUUUUUUCUUUUUGGUUGUUUCUUAGAUGUCAUUUGGGCUUAGUUUAAUUUAAUACUGUUCUUGCCUUAUUGCUAUGAUUGAUAUAAUACUUUUGUUGAUGUUAAUACACACACUUAAUAUUAACUUUCA